AUGAGCCAAAUAUUACUUCCAACUCUUAGGAACAGACAGUUGUGGCCUCUUACUCCUAUGUCACAGCGAUUUAAAUCGACAAAUUUCGACAGGCAGCGUCCCGGAGACUGGGUUUGCCCAAAUUGCAAUGCCAACAACUUUGCCUUCAGAACUGAAUGCUUUCAGUGUGGUGAAAAAACAUCUGAAGUCGUGGAACGCAGACAGAGACCGGGAGAUUGGUCAUGUCCUGGGUGUAAAUUUUUUAACUUUUCUGAUCGACAGGAAUGUUACAAGUGUGGGCAACCGAAAGGUGAUGCUGCUGUGGUAGAGGAUGGGGACAGUAUGAACAGAGGUAACGAUGAUGGAAUGGAUCGAGGUAAUGAUGGAAUGGAUCGAGGUAGUGAAAGAAUGGAUCGAGGUAGUGAAAGAAUGGAUCGAGAUAGUGAUAGAAUGGAUCGAGGUAAUGAUAGAAUGGAUCGAGGUAAUGAUAGAAUGGAUCGAGGUGGUUAUAGGAUGAAUCGGGGUGGAGACAGAAUGGAUCGGGGUGGCGGUAGGACGGAUCGAAGAGGAGGCAAUAGGGCGGGUCGAGGUGGAAGCAGGAUGGAUCGAGGUGAUAGAAUGGAUCGAGGUGGCGAUAGAGGUCGAAGUUCAGAGAGGCGUUUUUAG